GUGGCUCAGCCUAACUGUCAGCAGCUCCUCGCCACGCUUUGGUACGAUGGCUUCCCGGGCUGGAGGAGACGACACUGGGCGGUCAAGCUGGUCACCUGCUUCAUCAUCGGACUCCUGUUUCCUUUCUUCUCUCUGAUCUACCUGCUGGCUCCUAAAAGCGCUCUGGGACGCUUCAUCAAGAAGCCCUUCAUCAAGUUCAUCUGUCACACGGCGUCCUACCUGACCUUCCUCUUCCUGCUGCUGCUCGCCUCGCAGCACAUCGCACGCACCAACCUGCACAUGCAGGGACCCCCGCCCACCAUCGUGGAGUGGAUGAUCCUCCCGUGGGUGGUGGGCUUCAUCUGGGCGGAGAUUAAGGAGAUGUGGGACGGGGGAUUCACAGAGUACAUCCACGACUGGUGGAACCUGAUGGACUUCGCCAUGAACUCGCUCUACCUGGCCACCAUAUCACUAAAGAUAGUGGCUUACGUCAAGUAUAACUCCUCUCGACCCCGGGAGGAGUGGGAGAUGUGGCACCCCACGCUGAUCGCCGAGGCUCUGUUCGCCAUCGCUAACAUCUUCAGCUCCCUCAGACUCAUCUCCCUCUUCACCGCCAACUCUCACCUCGGGCCUCUGCAGAUCUCACUGGGCAGGAUGCUGCUGGACAUCCUCAAGUUCCUCUUCAUCUACUGCCUGGUCCUGUUGGCGUUUGCUAACGGUCUGAACCAGCUGUACUUCUACUACGAGACCAAGGCCUCAGAAGAACACAACAACUGCAAAGGCAUCCGCUGUGAGAGGCAGAACAACGCCUUUUCAACGUUGUUCGAGACCCUUCAGUCUCUGUUCUGGUCCAUAUUCGGGUUGUUAAAUCUCUACGUGACCAACGUGAAGGCUCGACACGAGUUCACGGAAUUCAUCGGGGCGACCAUGUUCGGCACGUACAACGUCAUCUCGCUGGUCGUUCUGCUCAACAUGCUGAUCGCCAUGAUGAACAACUCGUACCAGCUCAUUGCAGAUCACGCCGACAUUGAGUGGAAGUUUGCACGCACCAAGCUGUGGAUGAGUUACUUUGACGAGGGCGGUACGCUGCCGCCGCCCUUCAACAUCAUCCCCAGCCCCAAGUCCAUCCUGUACCUGCUCUGGUGGCUCCACAACAAGCUGUGCCAGAGGGGCCAGCCGCCGGGGGAGGACUCGCACAAGUGUGAAAACCUCAGAGAGUUCACGGAACGGCACGCUGACAGUCUGAUACAGAAUCAGCAUUACCAGGAGGUGAUCCGGAGCUUGGUGAAGAGGUACGUGGCGGCCAUGAUACGCAGCGCCAAGACGGACGAGGGACUGACGGAGGAAAACUUUAAGGAGUUGAAACAAGACAUUUCGAGUUUCCGCUACGAGGUCCUGGAUCUCCUCGGGAACCGGCGUCCACCCCGGCGACACUACUCCUCCUCCAGCGAGACAAUGAAAGACGACGGCGCCAUGGCCUCAGAGGAUGACAGCGAAUCGGGGGACGGCAGUGGAGGUGGAGGCCAGCGGUCAAAAGGCGUGACCUUCAUGACACCGCUGGAGGACGACAAGUCGCCAGAACCACAACAAGGAGUGUCCGCCUUGGUGCGCUCCAUUUCAGGAAUGACCCAAAUGGAAAGAUCCAGCGAUGACGACGAGGUGGAUCUGGAGGAGGGCAUUGGAUGGGGGGAAGAGGAGGAGGACGAGGAGGGAAAACCAAAGAGCAACGGGCUGAAGUCGAACGUCAUCCCCUCAUCCUCCACCUCCGUCCACCCCUCCCAGUCUUCAUCAUUCGCCACUGCAUUGUCGUCAUCCCUUGCUCGAACAAGAAGCCGGCUCCAUCGACUCUCAUCUCCAGGAUCAAAAACAGACUCUUUCAAGCGCCUCUCAUACCUGUUCUCACGCUCAAAACGCAAAGCCCCACCCCUGCCUCUCCCUCUGCAGUCCCCGCCAUCCUACACUAUCUCCGACGGGUUGCUCCGCCCCCUAGGGAGCCACAGCCACUCCGACUUCGGACUCAGUAACGUGACAAGAAGCGAGACUCACUUAAACGAAAUGGGCCGCUCAGUCGACAUCAAUAACCCGUCGUUCUCCCCGCGGAGAACAAACGGACGGGACUCCCUCCUGACGCUGCCCCUCCCGCCCCCAUGCCCCUGCCAAUCCCUGCACUGUGCUUCCAACAUGUCCGAGUCCAGCUCACGCCUCCUGGACUCCAGUGAGGACGUUUUCCAGGGCGGAGGCUUGGGAGGAUCAGAGGACAGCUGUGAGGUCAUAGAGGACUCUGUCACCACACAGCUAUAGGAAAAAGGGACAACCAAACUGUUUCUUCUUUGUUUGUUUGCAUAUGGAUUAACACAGAGAGGACAGAGAGAGAGCGGUGGUAGGGAAUCCAAUGGAAUCUGUUCUAGAACUCAGCACGGUGGGCUCUGGAAUUCUACAGUGGAGUUCUAGAAUGCAACAUUUCCGAGAUCGAAGCAGCUUCUGCGAUGGUUCAGGUUAAACCUAAGAGGACAAAAGGGAUGCUGAAUUGGCAGAUGGUCAUAAAGACAGUGUGAUAUCAUCAGGUUGUCUGGAAUUUCCCGGUAAAUGUGCCGCAGCCACACCUCUGUCAAGUUCAAAACAACUGCACUGAUUACCUAGCAAGCACUAUAGCUGGAAAAGUACCAAGCUAGCCAGCCACUGCUUGGUAUAACCAGCUACAAAUAAAGCUACUUAGGUAACUUACCAAUAAGCUAAUCCUCUUUCUGUCAUGGCAUGAGAUCAAAGGAGCUACCAAAGCAACCUACUUUGGAAACUCCCUCACUGUGAGUAAGCCCACUAUAUUAUCUUACUCAUAAAUUGAGAAAUAGGGAGUUCAAAGUAAGUGUAUAGUGAGCUAAUCCGCACUCUCUUUCUAUCCACUGUCCUGUCUCAAAAAAAUAAAUCUUCUAAGGUUGUGAGCCUACCCCUCAGUGACUGAUCUGACUAGCUAGAGAGCAACGUAGCUAACAAUAUAAUUUGCUUUUGAGCUAACCCUCUUUUCUAUGAGAUGGCGAGCAAGCUGAAAAGGGAGAUCUUGUAGUCAGGUUUUUUUAGCUAACCAUGCUAUCAGCGAGCUAACUAGCUGGAGAGUAAGAGAGCAACCGAUGUAGCUCACUAGGGGAGUCAACAAAAAAUGUAACUUGAGAGCAAUUAACUCUUUUUAACCAAUAAUUUGAAGUUCAUGACAAUCCUAAAUUGCAUAUCACACACAUAUAACUAGCUGUGCUAGGCUCUUCAGGACUUUUUUGGUUCCCAAAGGGCAGAUUGUGUCAGGGAAAAUCUGCUGCAAGUUUGUUUUUCAGUUUAUAUGAUAUGCUACAUCAUGUUCAUGGUAAAGCUGAGGGCCAUCUUUCACGAUAUAACAUCAAAAUGCCUUUAUAAACAUCUGCCAAUUUCCAAGCAAGCCACAAAGGAGGAGAUUCAAAACAAAUGUUUCUUCUAUCCUCUGGGACAUUCAGAAACUAUCAUUAUGGAAUUACAAGCAACCAAAGCAACUUUUCUGAGGGGAAAUAUCGUCAACAGUCCGUGUUUGGUUUUAAACACAUGACGCUGUCUUUCCCUUUAACCAAGCUUCAAAUCUGUUAUGGAUUAAAUGGAAUAAAAUCCUCUUAAAAUCCCUUGAAUUGGAAUGGAUCUACACUCGGACUUAGAUUUUACCUUUUGCCAAAUGGAAUUGACUGAGUAACACUCCUACAUGAAUUUGGAGAACUUAAAAUUGCAAAAAUAUUUUUUUUUGGAGGGGGAGGGGAAACGGAAUAACCUCCCCUUUAACUCUGGAAUUUCUUGGAUUACACUCCGACCGAAUCACUGGGAUAAAAAGGGAACGGCAUGGGACCAUUGCUCUGCUAUCAGUAGCCUGCACCCUCUCUCUCUGCAUCAACAAGGGCCAAGGAACUUUUGUUUUAUCCUAAUAACAGUUAUACUAGUAAUAAUAAUAACGAUCAUAAUAAUAAUAAGUGACUUCUAAUAAUAGUUAUGAGGACUAUUCUGGUUUUCUUAAGACUGUCUUUGCUUCUAUUUGAGUUGCCUACAAUAUUCUGGCUUCUCGUUCAGCUCUUCCUUAAUAAGUACACUUUAACCUGAUGAAUAAAAAUUUACGGUGAUAUUUCUUGUAAGAAUGAAAGAUCAUGGCGGUGAGAAUUGGCGGAAAGGUGGAAGGAAAGGUGUGAGACAGGGACAUAUGAAUGCAAAUAAGUGGAAGUUUGGUGAAUGGGAUACAGGAGGUAAAAUAAAAGUAAAGAAUGAGAUUAAAAAGAAGAUUGAAUGGACGAGGAACAGAUUGAGAAAAUGGAGUUCACCUUUGUAUCUGGGGAAAUCUAUUUUAAAGGGAAAUUUCACCAGAAUUUCAUCAUGAUAUAUAUUUAUUUUCUCUUGAGGUCGCUCGGCGCGGCGACUUCAAAAGGUUGGCAUGAGCAGAGGCUGUUGAAUUUUACUCUGGUUAAUAUACGACUGUCAGCGAUGAAGUAGAGAAAUUAUGCAUGUUUGAUUAAUAAAAACCACAGAUACCUAACACACUCAAAUCACCACAUGCAAACACACACUGGAGACACCAAUAUGUGUGAUGAGUAGCUUCCGGCCAAAUGUUUCACCAUUUCUCAGAACUCUUCAGCGCAUCAGCUUGUUGUCCGUCUUAUAUCACAUCCUUUCUCUCCUCUCCCCAUCUGUCUCUCAAGAUUAUUUUACCUAUUUGUAUCCUUCUUACCUUUCUGUCUUCUCCAAACACACAAUUACACACAUUUAUUCCUCUGGCAGACGCCGCAGCCUCACCACCAGCUGUCUUGGCAGAAAGCUUCAACCCACCAAUGAAUCACAGUCUCCAAAAUGUCAGGGUGUAACGAUGGAGACCUGAUUAUUCCCUCAACAUCCUGUAAUCAUAAUGUCACAUCCAGAGCCACAGAGCUGGACGAGGCGGACACAGACACUGUCUUGCCUCUGUUAUUGAGUGUGCAGAUAAGUGGUUAGUAAUGAUAGCAGUCUCUUUUGUUUUUUUAAGACGAUCAAUUUUGUGUCUCUUUACGUCCCAGCAACAACACAGGAAAACAAAUGUGUAAAAGUAACGAGCGUCGUACUUUAACUCUUAAUUUAACCACAAACAAAGAAAAUCAAACAACUUUUGUUGAUUUUUAGAGGUAUAAAAAUGUGUUAAGUAACUGUGAAUCAUGACUGGACUGACAAAAUCUCUGUACCACUAUAUCUAUCAGGAACUUAUCAGAAUAGAAGUGGAUCAUAUCGUCAGCAUAUCGUGUAACUUGAAAGGAGAUUUAUUCUGCUGAUCCAUAAUUAAACAUACAUAUCUAUGGAAAUUUUCAGGGCAAAGGAUUGAGAAAAGUUGUAGGACGUGCUUACCCCGGCAGCUCUUUCAAGAAUCACCAAAAAGUUCACUCAAAUUUCCCUACGAUUGUAAACUCAGCCAACGCAGUAACCCAGGCAUCUUGACAUUUUGGGGGAAUGUUCCAAUUUUUUGUGCUUGAAGUAAAAAUGACCAAAUGACCAAAAUACAAAAAAAGGCGAGGCAGCACUGGACAUCUCAAAGUCAACUUGUUUUUGCUUGUGUAAGGGGGCAAAUGUUUUCCAAAUUUAUCCCAAAUUAUCCAUAUUUAUCUUUAUCUUUGAACUACUGACCUGGUCCCAAGUGGCCCAAAAUAAAUCAAUUAAUCCACUUUGAACACUUCAGGAUUGAAGAUUAUUUGGGAUUACAUUUUAAAUAAUCUGAUGAUGCUCUGUAAAGCUCCAGACAUUUUUUUUUUUUUAAAUUGAUGGUUUGAUGUUUUAGCUUAGUCUCACAAUGAACGAGAGGGGGUUUUUAGAGUUUAAUGAAUCCACAAAACUGGAGCUUGAAAAGAUUUCACAUUUAAUCAGCAGCACUGAUGCAUUGUAAGUGAAGGAAUUAGGACUCAACAGUGAGCUUCAGGUUGAUCAUAAUUACAGAGUUAAUAUUCAGGACAGCAAAGGUUAGAGCCGCAGCGGAAACAAAUAGCUCUUUGAGAAGGACGAUUGUUUCUGACAGAGAAGUUGAAUAAUGAAGGAAAGUGGAGAGCAAAGGUACCAGACUGUAAACAUGUUAAUUUAUGCUUUAAAAACUGGCAUUUUUGAAUGGGUGUGUAUGUGACUUCCUGAGUGUCUGAACCCAGCCUCUAGUGGACACUCGGGGAACUGCAGUUUUUUGCACUUUUGCACUAACAUUAGCAGGUAAUGGUUUAAGGUAAGGUUUGCAGUUAAUUGUAACUUUGAUUUUCUGCCCUGGCAUGUGUCUCUCCUUACAAUCAAUAUGCAGUUAAGAUUUACUUCACCUUUAACAAAACAUAGAAGAAAAUAAAAUGAAAAUCUUUUAGUACGCCUGCAAUGCUUAAAAUAUUCCAAUUGUUAUAUUUGAGCUAGUGUAGCCGUUUAGCGAGUAGCUAACAGAGCUAAUGUAAGUAAAGCGGGACAAAUACAAAAGAGCUGCGGAUUAGAGGGCGGUACAGAGGCAGAAAGACAAAGAGCUUUGAAUUUCAGGGUUACCGUUGGCAUGUCAACACACCGUAAUCAGGGCCGCACUGUUCAACGCGUGCAACAAGCAGGACAGUUGGAUAAUCAAUCACACUUAAUUAAUUCUCCUGCCAAUGGUUGGUUUAGAUUUCAAAGGGCGAUUUACAAUAUAAGAAAUUAACGUGAGGAUUGAAGCGAUUUAUAGGAUUUCUUGAUUGAUAACCUUACUGUAGCCUUGCGUCUGCUGUCAGCGAGGUCUUAGGGUCAGGGCCUGUUAUCAACACCCAACACACAAUUAGGCAACACCCCCACAAACACUCACACGGGACCGAUAAUCAAUCACUCCGAUUGGUCGAUAUCAAUGAUACACGUCUGAUCCUGGGGCUUUUUAACCCCAUGUGUGUGCGUGUGUGUGUGUGUGUCGCACUGGGAUUAUUGAUCUGAAUCUAUAAGUAAAUUCUGUUGAGCUGCCGAUCGAUUUAUAUUUAUCAAGAUUAGACUCGUACUCGGCAUGAGUGUGUGUGUUGUCCUCGUGUGUGAAAUUGAGAACCAUUGAAGCUUGAAUGUCUUCUAAAGAGGCAAACGGGACGCAUACAUGGAGAGUUUAGACUUUAAAAACAGUAGGCAUGGUGGAUAGGGGAGGUUCAAGGUUGAUCUCAUGCAUUAUUAAACACACAAACACACACACCAGACGGGCACAUUACCACUGACCAGCUGCAGGUUUGAUUGUAAAUUGUUUGGGGCGGCUGCAGUCCACUUUAAUAACCCUGUGUGAUCUCCGUAAUUUGAAUCACACAAACACACAAAAGUGUUGAUCGCUCUUUGUGGCUUCAAUCCGCCUGCAAUGCAACCGAGGACAACAGCUUAGACCUCAUUUAUGGAUCCUAGAGGUGUGUGUGUGUUCGUGUGUUUGUUGUGUGUGAGGGAAGGAAAAGGAGGGUUAUUGCAUCACAUCAUACCGAAUCCAUGUGAACAAGGCCACCUGCAGGGAAAACCUUAUGAAACAUGCAUAACACAAAUGUUCAAUACAUUAUUAAAAGGGUUGCUUCAAGCUGUAUCACUCUCACAGACUGUAAAUAAGAGGCGGACUGAACCAAAGUGAUGUCAGCCAUUGAUUUAUUUUUUUGCCUGCUGACUUUGACGCCCAUGUUAUUUUUGUUUUGGAGCAAACGUCCACCAUUAUGCCAGACUUGAAAACCUAAUAGUAAACUCAGUAAACCUCAACUCUUUGGUAGAAAGGUCGUAACUUGUCAGUUAUUGGUAGCUUCAGCCUGGAGUACUCUAGACGCGGGUGUCACCAGGAUUUCUGGGCCCCAUGAAAAGCUCUCACAUUGGGCCCCUCUCCAACCCCAGCCUCGGUCAACCCAGUGAUAUCGCUAUAACCACAUCUCCGUUCCAUAAAUGACACAUUAAAAGCUUUCAAAUAAGGUUGCCAAAGAUUUCGAUGCCACUCGUUUUUAAAGGGGCACCAUCUUAGAAUAAUCAGAAGAACAAACAUCUAUUUCAUGAGACAGGUGCAUAGACGAAGAAGAAUGAUCCAUCAAAAAUUGCAGGCGGACUCCUACACUGUGUCUGAAUUCUGGUCUGUAUUGGACUCUAAAUGGGACCAUAUGGGAGAUAUUUAUGGUCUUGGUCUCACCAUGGAUUGGACUUGAUCCCUAAAUGUCUUGGUCUUGUCUUGAUCUCGAGCACUCUGGUCUCGGGUAUUUCUUGGUCUCGGUAAGUGUGGUCUUGACACCAACACUUGCGGGACCAGACUGAGACAGUGAACACACAGUUUUCCCAUCAAACAAAUUAAUUGACCGCUCACUCAAUCACUUCCAGCAUUUGGUACAUUUCUUUCUGGAAACAUUAUGUCUUUUGUAAAAAUAUUUUGGGACUGGGUAAAGAGUUCCGCAUAUUGUUUAUUUGUCUCAGCGCUCGGAAAAGUGUUUUGCAUCUUGAAAAUGUUGCAAAAAUUAAAAUUUAUCUCAAGUUUUGCAAAAACAUUUUACACUUUGUUAUUUUGAUUUGCACUUCCCAACCCUGAAGGUCUUAAGUUCCCAAAUGAGAGCAUCGAUGGGUAAACUGUGGUGAUACCAGAGCAGCUGAUAUUCCAUCAUUUGUUGCUGCUGAGUCAUAUUUAUGGAUAAUUUGGCAUGGCUACUCAUCAUACACACACGUUCACUCACACACAAACACACACAGCUAAGAACAAACAUAUACAGUACACAUCCUAUAUAAUAUAAUUCAGGUUCCCCUCUCACCUUCUCAAGACAUUUUGAGCUUUAAGAAUCAAAACCUGUCCUUGUUUCUCUUCGUUUUUUUUGGGAUUUCCACACGGAUGAAUGUAUGACUGUGUUAUUUUUCUAGAAGCGGACGGCUAGCGCACGUUGUUGACUCUUUAAUAAAGGCAUCCUUAGAAAAAAAACAA